AUGGCGUUAGCAAUAUCUUGUAAAUCGCAUAUUAAGAACUACUGUUCGACGUGUUCAUUCGCAGGUGUGCGAUUUAUUGCUGAUGAUACAAAGCAUUGGACAGAGAGAUGGUUGUGGAUAGCACUUGUAGCACUUUCGUGGUACGGUUCAGCGCUUCUUAUAAUCGCAGCUUGGAAUGCUUUUGUUACGAAUCCUAUAAGCUUCGGUGUAGAAACAACUUACACGGACUGGGACACGAGAUUGCCAACCGUUGCAAUUUGUGAAUUAUCCAAUGACGACAAAAUCUACAAUGUUUCAGAUACAAUAUGGACAUCAAAACAUCUCUUGGACCUUGAAGAUGUUCUCAAGGAUGUUGCUUAUUUUCGUGGUGUCGCAUACAGUCUUCUUGCAGUAUGUUAUGCGAAAAAUAAUUACGAUCCACGUUGCCCGUUGUCCAAUUAUAGCUAUUAUGCUCAACUAAUACGAAGUUCAUGUCCCGAAAUUUUGAAGAAUUGUUCUUACAACGACAACGAGUUCGAUUGCUGUGAAUAUUUUCAACCAAUAGAAACUGAUAUGGGCAUUUGCUACAUUAUAAAUUCUAUACAGACAAAAAAUCCUAAAAAAUACCCAAUGAUAAAUAAUAUAAAACAAAAGAGAGGUGUCCUCAAAUUUCAAGUCAUGUUAUCUUCAAUGAUGUAUACUUUGGGAGAAGACGAAGUUCCGAGUAUAACGACAUUGUUUUCGUCUACUUUAAAAAUACUACUUGGAAAAAUAUAUCGACGGCAAGUAACAGUAAGGAAUAUUGAAAACGAUCCGUUGGUGGUAGAAACCACACCACACCAACGCGCAUGUCGCUUUCACGACGAAAAUGAUAAUGGUCUCUACCCUCACUACUCGUAUAGUGCUUGUAACGUUCUUUGCCGCAAGCGGGCACAGAUGGAACUCUGCCAGUGCAACGACCAUUUUAUGCUGAGCACAACGGAAUCUGAACGAUGUAAUAUUUCCGGUAUGUGGUGUCUUCACACACAUUCGAGUCACUUAACCACACUCAAACCUAACUGGGCUAAGCGUCCCGGUCUCAGCUGUGAUUGCAUGCCGUCUUGUGAUGAAACUGAAAUUACUAUAAUAAAAGACGUCAUAACAUCACUUAGACCAAAAAAAAGGAAGACAUACGUUGAAAUGAUACUUGCUUAUUUGCCGACUGAGAGAUUUAAGAGAAGUGUGGUAAGAAGUCAAUUGGAUUUAGUUGUGUCUGUGGGUGGGACGGCGGGCUUGUUUGUCGGUGCCAGUUUGCUAAGCUUUGUUGAAUUAAUAUUCUUUUUCACAAUUCGUUUUAUCAGCGACCUUUGUAUGAAGAAACGAAAACAAAUAAUACCUACCUACCAAAAUUAA